AUGGUGCCUAAUUAUCUCCUCGUAUUGACCUUGGCAGUAGCCGUAAGUGCAAGAACUGCAACCACAAACCACAACAAAGUUGAAGAAGCGAGGAGUUCAGACGACACUGUUUUGGGAGACCUUAAAGUCGCAUACGAAACAUAUAGAGAUUGCAGUGGUGGCGACAUUGCGAACUGUCUUAAAAUUAAAUUAGCCAAGUCUUUGAAUAGGAUAUCGAAGAGCGACGAAAUUUCCAUUCUAAGCGGCGUUAAGAUAACCAAAAACCACGAGACAGCCAAAAAUGUGGAAGUUGAAGAAGCGAUUCCGAGAGGUCUUGACGAGAGCUCAUUGGACAACCUUAUCUUGGACAAAAUCGUUGGAUUCAUGCAAACUCAUACCAUCCAGGUUCAAUUCCCAACCGGUUCGGAUCUGCAGCGCGCAUUCGCUGAAGACCGUGGAAGGAGGAAGAAGUUGGCCCCCCUCCUCGCCAUCCCCCUGCUGAUCGGGGGUAUGUUGGUCCCCUUGGCAUUUGGGGCCCUCGCGUUAUUAGCUGGCAAGGCUUUGAUCGUGUCUAAACUGGCUCUAGUCCUGGCUGGUAUCAUUGGUCUGAAGAAAUUGCUAUCAUCUAAUGGAACUGGUGAAGCUCAUGAAGUAGUGGUCUCAGCUGGUCAUGGAGGAGCUGGGUGGAGCAGGUCCCUUGAAAGUGCCCACGACCUUGCAUACAACGCUUACACCCAAUAA